CGGAACACAGCCGGUUUGGGUGUGGAGCCCAGAGAUAAACAUACACACGCAGCUUGGUGCUACAUAGACUACUUUCCCUUAACACGCUGACAAUGUCUGGGUUCAGACGGGCAGAUAAGGUGGACUCUCUUGCGGGCUUCAGGACGCAAAAAACGGAACCUACGGUUCCGUACGGUCUGCUGAAGGCGGCCAGGAAGAGUGGCCAGCUCAACCUGUCCGGCCGAGGGCUGACAGAGGUCCCUCAGAACGUGUAUCGUCUAAAUAUUGACACACCAGAGGAGGCCCAGCAAAACGUGUCCUUCGGCGCAUCGGAUCGCUGGUGGGAGCAGACUGACCUCACCAAACUACUGCUCUCAUCCAAUCAGCUUACACAGCUGUCUGAUGACAUUAGACUGCUGCCUGGACUCACUACACUGGAUCUCCAUGACAACCAGCUGAGCAGUUUACCCAGUGCUUUGGGAGAACUGCAGGAACUCCAGCAACUACGACUUAGUCACAACCAACUGACUUCACUGCCAGCGGAGCUGUGUUCUCUGAAGAACCUCCAUAGCCUCACAAUCCAGCAGAACCUGCUAGAGAGCCUGCCAGAGGAACUGGGGCAGCUGAAGAACCUGACGGAGCUGGACUUGUCCAACAACCAUCUGACGUGCUUGCCGUCCAGCCUGGGCUGCCUCACCUCCCUGCAGAAGCUGAACCUGAGUCAGAACAAGCUCAGCUGUCUGCCUGACAGCCUGGCCCAGCUCAAACAUGUGAAGCUGUUGGACUGCAGCAGAAACCAGCUGACUGACAUUCCUGCCAGCCUAUCAGAGAUGCUCGCUCUGGAGCAGCUCUACCUCAGGCACAACAAGCUCCGCCUCUUACCAAAGCUCCCUGCCCCUGCGCUCAAGGAGUUGUAUGUUGGGAACAACCAGAUUGAGCAGUUGGAGACAGAGCAGCUGGCCUGCCUGGCAGCCAUCUCUCUUCUAGAACUACGAGACAACAAGAUCAAUUCUCUCCCUGAACAGAUCACCUUACUGAGCACGCUCACACGCCUCGACCUCACCAACAACGACAUUGCCACUCUUCCAGCGUCUCUCAGCCUGCUGCCAAAUCUGAAGGUGUUACUGUUGGAGGGAAACCCUCUGCGGGGGAUCAGGAGAGACCUCCUCACUAAAGGAACCAAUGAGCUUCUGAAAUAUCUAAGAGGAAGAAUUAAAGAGGAGCCUGAGAGAGCAGAUGAAGGACAUACAGCUAUGACGUUACCCAGCCAGGCCAGCGUCAAUGUGCAUAACAUUAAAAGUCUCAAGUUAUUGUCGUACAGUGAGAAGCAGGCGGCUGUUAUUCCAGAUGAGCUGUUCGAUGCUGUGGCAGAUCAAGGUGUUACCACUGCUGACUUCAGCAAGAACCAGCUGACCUCCAUACCUCCCAGACUGUUGGAGCUCCACUCUUCACUGUCAGACAUAAAUCUGGGUUUCAACAGACUGACCUGCUGUUCCCCUGACAUCUGCAAAUUACUGCAGCUGACACACAUAGACCUCAGGAAUAACCAGCUGAGUGAUUUACCAUCUGAAAUGAAGAACUUAACUAAGCUACGCUCCAUCAUCCUCAAUUACAACAGGUUUAAGUCCUUCCCUGAAGUCCUCUAUCAGAUUGAAUCCUUGGAGACGGUGUUGCUUGGUAACAACCAAGUGGGUGGGGUGGAUCCUAGUCGUCUGAUGAAGUUGGUUCACCUGUCAACGCUGGACCUGUCAAAUAAUGAUCUGCUCAACAUCCCCCCUGAACUGGGCCUGUGCUCUAGCCUCAGGUGUCUCAGUCUGGAGGGGAAUCCUUUCCGCACACCCAGAGCAGCCAUCGUGGCCAAAGGAACGGACGCAGUGUUGAAAUACCUCCGCGGCCGCAUCCCUACAUGACCCCUGACCUCAGCUGAGACAGCUCCACCACCGUGAUCGGUUCUUCUGCCAAAAACCUGAUUGUUCUUGAUUUUACACAAGUCUGCACUUCAAUCCAGUGGCAAAGGCACUUCUCUUAAUAAAGCUGUUGCUGAGAAUUCUAAAGAGUGGUGGGAAUUUUAUAAGCAGGGAUAGUUCACGGCCCAGUUCAGGCUCUGUGAGACGUACUCCACACGGCCGCAGACCACAGGCCCAGUAAAACAAAACAUCAGCUGGAAGCAGCUAUAAAACAACAUGAGCUGUGUCAGCUCAUUAACAGUCAGCCGAAUGUUUCCAGUUCACUUCAUGUUUACUGUCAAAGCUCAGUUUAUGCAAAUAAUAAAACAAAUCCUUCAUA